UAUGCGACCUAAAGAAGAAAGAUCAGAUGAACAGUUCCCUCGAUCAGGACGUGUCUAGCUCCAGCAACCAGGCUAAACAGUUGUACUUGUCUCCAUCAGCCGAAGUCAGCAUUGCGGAACAACAAAGAUCGCCCUUUGGAAACAUGAUCAUCGACGAUAAAUCAGGAACACUCCCAGAGAUCCAGCGAUCGUAUCAUGUUAAGAGACCUAUGAACGCGUUCAUGGUGUGGUCCCAGAUCGAGCGGAAGAAGCUGGCAGACCAGCAUCCAGACCUUCACAACAGUGAGCUGAGUAAAAUGUUGGGUCACCUCUGGAGACUGCUAACUGAGGAUGAAAAACGACCGUUCGUAGAGAAAGCAGAGAGACUCCGAGCUAGACACAUGGAGGAACAUCCAGGGUAUAAGUACCGGCCCCGAAGACGUCAGCAGAUUAAGCACUACGAAUCUAGACCCUCCCUCAACCUGUGCCCUCCCGGUCUAUUCUCCAACCUGGCGGCCAUGAGAAAACAGGGCCACCUCUCAAAUCCACUGGAUAUUCUAACCAACUCCUACGCUGCCUACUCCAACGCUCUAAGCCAGGGACUGACGGCCCAGCAACUCCAACAGUUGAACUCGCUAGAAUCACUCCGAACCCCGCUGGUGAUGCCGGUGGCACUGCGACCCUCCCCUGCCUCCCCGGUCUCCUCAACAGGAGUUAGCUCGAUAACGACUACCACCACCCCCACCCACACCUCCACCUCCACCGGCCACUCAUCCCCCUCCAACGUGUCCUCCACUUCUGACGAAACCUCUGCUCAGCUGGCCUCUCUCCAGCUAAAAUACCAGCAAAACCUGGCUAACCAACUGUCCCAGUACCAGUUGGGUCAGCUCAGUCACCUGGCUUCAGGAAGUAACGGACUGAAUGUGAACUGCAGGUGUCCCCCAACUCAACUAGCUUGCACGUGUGGUGCUUCCACCCUAAGCUUGACAGCUCUGUCAUCUCAGCUCGAGGCUCAGAAGACUUUUGCCUCGCAACUGGAGCUGCAGAAGAGCCUCGUUUCACAGAUGGAACUACAAAGAACAUUUGCAAACCAGCUUGAAUCACAGCAGAAAGCCCUGGCUGUCAGCCGGGCUAGCAGCUGCCAGACAGACGUCAAAACAGAGGCUCCUAAAACCUCCCUCCCUAGUCAUCUCGACUUUUCCUCUCUAAGUUCAGCACUCGAGGUCCAAAAGGCCCUGACAGCCCAGCUGGAGGUCCAAAAAACUCUUGCUAAUCAGUUGGAGGCCCAGAAGUCGCUAGCUUAUCAGCUAGAGGCCCAAAAAUUGUUAGCGUCUCACUUGGAGUCGUCCAAACGAGAGAACUCUAGCUCUUUAUUCAAUUGGAGAUGAACAGUUUAUUUAGUUAAUUGAUAAUUUCAGUGCUGGAUAUAAUGCUAAUGAAGUAGUCAUAUUUAUUGUUUAAAAUUUUGGGGCAAAACUGUUGUGAUAGAUGAAUAGAACCAAAGCUCCGGUAAAUGGAAAUAACAAUGGUCCCGACAAGUUGAGUUCUGUUUAGCACAUUCAAUUAGCUCCUGGCGACAACGUUAAAUUGUGCGUGCCCUAUUGUUAAAACAUUACCAAAAUAUUAUGAAGUAGGCUUUAUAUAAUAAUAAAAGUCUGUGUUUUGUAGAGUUACCUCCAUUUACGAGGUUUUGGGAAACAAAACCUCCAUUUAUAUGAGGUUCAGGUGGGGUUCACAACUCUGUAAGGGCCAAUAUGUGGCCGGACUUGGUUUUUAACAAGAUUGAGAGAAAAAUUAGGAGAGUUUUGAUAUAAGAAUUAAAUUUACAGUAUUGUUAAUUGUUCGCUGAUUUAAGAAUGUAACCCAGAGAGCUAUGAUAUCUAGAUAAUAAACUUUAAACCAAAUUGUAGAAGAUAUAAGAAGAGAGUUUUGUUUUAAUACAACAAAUUAGAGAGAGCUUUAGGUUCACAGUUAUUUAUAUUGCAACUAAAGUAUUUUCGAUAAGAAUUAGCGUAUUUAUUUGUGGAGCAGUAGGCGUGGGCCUGAGAAAAUGCUGUGCCUGUUAUUGAAUUUUUAUCAGUUGGACUGCUAAGUGUGCACGUCAUGAUUGCAUUCUGCAAUUUGCAUACCGUGAUUAUAUUAUUCAAUUUGAUGUUGUUUUGAUGAUUUCAUUUUUAUUUGUUAAAAGAAUGAUACAACUGUUUGAUUUAUUUGUAGGACCUUACAUCACCCAAUAAGAGAUGAUAUCUUUUAGUAAUUAUCUCAACUCAGUGCACACUGCACUUUCGGUGUCCUGGACAGUACAAAUUAACAUUGUAACAACAAAUAUACAUUAAAUUAAUAUUGUAACCACUUGGAGCAAUGUUUUCUUAACUUAUAC